GGGUUACCUCGUGGUGAAAAUAGCAGGGAAGGGGGGUCGGCCGCGAAAAUAACUGACAGAGGUGCGAAACCUGGGGAAAAAUAACAUUGUCGGCGUUGGUCACUUCUGUCAUAAUUGCUAUAUCAGUGUUGUAGCCCAACCAAGCAAGUGGCGACCACCCCUUUUUAUGAGUGACCAGCCACAAAAUCGCCGUGGCGCAUCAAUAUUACACUGCAUCAACUUGGCGUCGGAGGCAAUUGUCUCACCCUCCUUAGCUAACCCCCAAAUGAACAUUGUGGGUUACGCAAGGAGGUGGAGGGGUUCGCUCGUUAUAAGGGGAGUCCCAGGCACCCAGAAGUUUGAUAUCCAAAGUCGGGCAUUUUGACUUCACUGUGCAUGUGCGUUUUUCAUAUUGGCACCUUUUCUGAUUCCGUUGCGGUUAUAAUCACUCGUUUCAUACCGGACGAUGCGGUCCAAUGUUCUCAGCACGCUCGGCGUGUUCACCACAUUUUGUCAACCUGUUUCCUCCUGUGUAUAUGGCACCUCUCUUCUGCCCCGCGCUGAUGGCAGCUUGGAAGGCUCCCAGUUUGGAUACACAGACCCAAUUGAGCAAUUGCAAUGGUCGCAAUUGAUCCCAGAUGCGGAUGUCUCUGAGUUUCUGGACGUGGGAGCGACGAUGGACAUGCUGGCCCUUGGGACGGCGACGAAGAGCAAUGUCUUGUGGCAAUUCGACGACAUCUUCACCGAGAAUAGAGUUGUCGGGCAAUACUUCUCCAAGUGGAACCACUUUGAGUUCGACACCGCAGUUUCAUCUAUCGCCUUUCUCACUUCCCUCAGCAAAAGGUACAGCACACAGGUUUUCGACACCGCCCUAUCUCCCGUAUCGCAUAUCGCGGAACUUGGUCAGAUAGCUACCGCCACAGCUGAACAUAGUUCGUUCUCAUCUCCCAUUUCUCAUCCGGAUAGCAACCCUAUCAUGAGUUUCUCUGGUUCCCUCACAACGCCUUCCUGCAGCGAAGGCGUCGUUGACGGGGUUACCAGUGUCGCGCCCAUUACGGCCGGAAAUUCAGCCAACAGGCAGAUUUCAAGGAAAGUGAUGCGGUUCAACACACUCCAUAUACAGGGCAAGUUUGGGAAACCUAGCCUCCUACUCCAGGUGUCCAAGACCUAGACGGGAGCUCAAAUAGGCCGCGCUAUUGGUUCUAUUGAGAUGGUAGCGUCUGUUGGGCCGUUCCGCUUCUUAUCCGUGGAAGAAGCGAUGUGAGAAUAGUGAUGAAACUAUGCGGGCAAGUGGCACUUCAAUGUAUGAUAUAUUUGGUCUCAUCGGCAGAUGUAUUAAUCCUAGGA